AUGAACUUCUCAAAACCAAAAUCGGCCACGGCGAACCAGCCUGUAAUACGCAAAACCACUGUACGGGUCCCCGUCAAGGCAAUACCGAAUGCAAGACCGCAAGCCACCCGGCCAGACCCCAAUCGUUUCAAGACGGCACUCGACCGACCCGGCACGAAAGCUUCGGCAUCGAACAAACCACAAAACCCUGCCCGCAGAGCCCUCUCUGCGUCUCGAGGCGUGAAAAGGAAAAGCGCAACGCCUCAGCCCAUGUUCAGCGACGACGAGGGAGACGACAGCAGCGAUGUAGGUGGUAGCGACUCCGAUGCUUCGCGCAAGCGCAUCAAAAGCAGCGUCAGCAGUCUCGACGACGGGCCUCGAAGGAGGGUUAUUUGCGACAAGGCGUUCCAGGUCGAUACUGUCUUCGAUAUCGUACAUGGUGCAGACGCAACAUCUGGAAACUACUCGUCAAAGUUUAAGAACCCUUGGCAGGAGGAAGACUUCAGAUGUGUGGAGCUACAGUAUCCAAGCAAGAGCAAGAAAGAGAGGUUCGAGCUGAAGUGGCCAAAGAACGAGAAGGAAGACUACAAACCCAUGGAGGACAUCAUUGAGACCAUCGAGACAAUUUGCAAGUGGUACUUCCCUACGGAGCUGAGCGAGAAGUAUCUGCAUGUGGACACUGGAUAUCGAAGGCGAUUCAACCACGCAUGGAACGUGGAAAGCGUCGACGAGUUCAUCGAAGUUGUACAAGACUUCAAUACCGUCCUUAGGGGGCUGAUUGAUGACGGCAGCAUCCGACAGGAGUUGUUGAGCACCAGCAACUUGAACCUGGAAUGGGUUAAGCGCAUCUUGGAACAGAUCUACGCAAGAACUGUAUCGCCCAAGGUCGAAACACUGCGAGCAUACCAGAAUGGUAGCGAUAAUGUAUAUGGCGAACUGCUCCCAAGAUUUUGCAGUGAGAUCUUCCGGAGGACGAAGCUCAACCACGAGCAUGUAUUCAUUGAUCUUGGAUCUGGAGUCGGCAACGUGGUACUCCAAGCGGCACUCGAAGUCGGCUGCGAUAGUUGGGGAGUUGAGAUGAUGAAGAAUCCUUGCGACCUCGCGGACCUCCAAGCCAAAGAGUUUCCUGCGAGGACUGGUCUGUGGGGCCUGUCUGCCGGCUCCGUGAACCUCAUCCGAGGGGACUUCACGGACAAUCCACGAAUAGGCGAAGUCCUGCAACGAGCUGAUAUAAUUCUCGUCAACAACCAAGCCUUCACACCGCAGCUCAACGAUGCGCUGAUCAACAUGUUCCUAGAUCUCAAGGAAGGCGCGCAGAUCGUGUCGCUAAAGCCAUUCGUUCCCGAAGGACACAAGAUCGCACAGAGGACGGUGUCCAGUGUUGUGAAUCAUUUCGUACAGAAGCGCUUCGAGUACUUCAGCAACUCUGUCAGCUGGACUGAUCAAGGAGGGUACUACUACAUCGCAACGAAGGAUCGACGGCCACUGGACGAGUUCCUUCGAGAGAACAAGCUCCAAUAG